AUGGAUCUUAUUCAAAAUCUAGAGCUGGAAAUUUUAGAAUUAAGAGAAAUGUUGAAAAAUAAAGAGGAAGACUUGAGAGAAGCGAAACGAAAUAAGUUCAGCAAAUCAUAUGAUAAUGUAAUUGGAACGAAAUCCAAUAUAAAUAUUGGAAAUAUACCAAAAUGGGCGAUAGAAAGAUACAGUCGACAGAUACUCUUACCAGAUAUUGGUGUAAUGGGUCAGGAAAAACUGAUGUCCUCGAAGGUAUUGAUUGUAGGAGCCGGGGGACUUGGCUGUCCAGCUAGUGUUUAUUUGGCUGGGGCUGGAAUUGGAGAAAUAGGCAUAGUCGAUUAUGAUACAGUGGAUAUAUCAAACAUACACAGACAAAUACUGCACACAGAGAGUGACUGGUGCAAAAGUAAGGCUAAAUCAGCGGCUGAAAGUUUGAGGAGAAUAAAUUCCAACAUCAAAGUGACUCCGUACACGAUUGAAUUUAAACCAGAGAAUGCUGUACAAAUCGCUUCAAACUACGAUUUGAUAAUUGAUUGUACUGACAAUGUACCAACGAGGUAUAUGCUAAGUGAUUUGAGCAUUAUAACAAAGGUGCCUUUAAUAUCCGGUAGCGCUUUGAAGAUGGAGGGUCAACUAACUAUAUAUGGUUACAGAGAAAGUAGAAAUGAAAAGUCUUCUGGUCCGUGUUAUCGCUGUCUCUUUCCCACUCCACCUCCGGCAGCUGCUGUAGGCAGCUGUUCUGCCAAUGGAGUCGCCGGACCUGUUCCGGGAGCUAUAGGAUCCCUACAAGCUUUGGAGGCGAUUAAGUUAUUAGUUGGACGGAAUCGCGAAAAUUUAUUGGUUGGAAGAAUGUUGAUAUUUGAUGGAGAAGAUAUGACCUUUAGAACUGUUAAACUACGCCCGAAAAACCCCAAAUGUGAGUCCUGUUCAGAUCAUGCUACAAUCAAACAAUUGACAAACUACGAGGUGCUCUGUAAAAUGCAGUCCAAAGAAAAGGACUUGGAUCUAAAUAUUCUGCCGCAAUCACACCGGAUAUCCGCUACCGAGUUAUCAAAGUCCCUUAAUACACAGCGCCAUCUAUUGAUAGAUGUGCGGAGCGAGGCGGAGUAUAAUAUGUGUCAUUUGGAAGACUCAGUCAAUUAUCCCUUGGAACAGUUGUACGGAGAAAAGUUUGAUUUAUUAGUGGAGAAUAUAAAAAAUAAUGAUAAUGUAAUAUUCAUAUGCAGACGAGGAAAUGAUUCCCAAAUAGCAGCAGAUAAAAUAUUAAAAGUAUUGCCAGAUGCUAAAAUCAAAGAUCUAUCCGGUGGACUGCACGCGUGGGCCGAACAAGUUGACAGGAGAUUCCCCAUAUAUUAA